AUGUCGGUAUUGCCUGGCACGUCCCUUUUUACUCUGGACGUUAAAUAUAUCAUCAUCAUCAUCGUCAUACAAAGGCUGUGCCGCCCGCGCCUUCCACCCGGAAUCCACAGCAGCCCCAACCGCCACAGGAACGGCCCCAACAAUCCGGACGACAUCGAGGCCAGUACUGGUACCGAGCCAGAGCCAGAGCACACGCCUGGAGCGUAG